CGUCGUAGCACCCGUUGCGACGCCCUCUCCGCCCGAAUCGCCAUCAUGGAAACCAUCAGUAGGCUGCCCCGGCGCUUGACCCAGCUCUACUCAGACACCAAGACCACCUGCGAUGCCGUGGUGGAGCAGGACGCCAAAGACACGCCCGAGUCGCACGCGCUGCACCGCAAGUUUAGAAUACAAAAGGACAGGCUGAUAACGUGGGGCGUGGACUGGAGCGACAACUCCAAAGGAAAGCAGGGCGACAUUGAUGCCAGCGUCGAGGAGGCCGGCAUGACGGAAACCGUCACGAGUGUGCUGGGGACCAUCAAGGAAAUCCUCGAUGAGGCCGAGAGGAUGCACCCGGGCGCAUCGGCUGCUGGUGUGGCAAAGACAUUAUCUGGAGAAAAGAGUCGGCCUGACCCGCCCUCGUGGGCGGCCGCCGACAAGUCACGUUACGAGGACUUGAUCAAGGACCUCACCACUUCCAUUGACAUACUCUACGACCUGUCCCGCAACCGGAGAAGCCAAAGAGCCCACGAACGAGGUCUCAGCCCAGGCAAAGCUGCACCGCGACAUCCGCAGCACAGCUCGUCCACGCCAGUCUUCCUGUCGCCCGACUACAGCGCAUCCGACCUGACCCUCGUAAACCCAGCAACCUUUUCUUCCAAUGCACACGCGCCCCGGUCUAAUCUCCCUCCAAAACUAGAUUCCGCCGACCUGAUCCUUCCUGACGAGGAGCCACCGCCAUACGAAAGUGUUGGCACUACAUCUGUUCGUGUCAUCGGCCGUCUACGAUCGAGGGUUGCCUCUCAUUCCUGGAGGACAGACGCCAGCAGGGAUACAGAAAUAAAUGUUCUGGUGGACUAUGCUAGCUACGACCCUACUUACCGCAUUACCGGCGUUUCUCCUUCAACCAAGCGUCUCGAGACUCUGUUGGCUAUAUUGACAAAGCUGUCCAACAGUCAGUCUUUCCACGGCACAUUGAAGUGUCUGGGGUACUUUGAAGACCCAAAACAACCGCGCUUUGGACUGGUAUUCGAGCUGCCCACAUCCGUCUACUCUGGCCCUGCCGAUGCACACAAAACCAUAGAAGACUUGAAGCCAGUCGCGCUGCUAAGCGUACUUCAGACCGGAUCAAAGACGUUGCACAAUUCGAACAGCGCAACACCACCGCUCGAAGAUCGCUUCCGUCUGGCCUUUACACUUGCAUUGACCUUUAGCAAGAUCCAUGGAGAUAACUUUGUUCACAAAGACGUUAAUAGCACAAACAUCAUGCUAUUCAAGAAGAGCCGGCGCCACUCCGCUAACAGCAGAGCGUUGCAGUACUCACUGCGGACCCCUGUCAUCUGCUCAUUCGACCUCUUCUCCGACUACGACAUUGAAACACACAACACAAUGCCGACACUGAAUAUUUACCGCCACCCACAGGAUCCCAAGGUUACUGGAGAGAAACAGCCUCACACCCCGAGUUUCGAUUUGUAUGGUCUAGGACUGGUGCUGCUCGAGGUAGGCUUGUGGCAGCCAUUGUUCGAUUUGUGGAAACAAAAGUAUACCCUGAGCGAUUUCAAGCAGCGUAUCGAAGACGUGUACAUCCGGAGACUGGCCUCAAAAUGCGGAACGGCGUACAUGCAGGUCGUGCGAGAUUGUUUUUGGGCGGCCGAUGCAAAGGGAGACGGUGCAGACGUUCACCAGGUCUACUCUCGCAUUCUCACUCGGCUUCAACGUUGCUGUAUGCUUGACGAAUCCGAGCCCGGCUUCGAUCUGAGUGAGCUGCGGCCCGACGCCACGCCCAUUCAGCAAGCAUCCUCGCUGAAGCGCAAGAGUGCCAGUCAGCCUCACCUUGCUCCCGAGGCCCAGCAGAGUCCUUCGUAUAGAAGUGCGAAGCGAUGGGCCUUGGAAAAGGGGUCGCAGGCUCUGGAGAGAACAAAGUCUCUCUCAAGAAAAUCACCCGACUUGUCACUCACAAGAAACCCGUCCCGGGGCUCUCAACACUCUAUCCGAAAGAGCAUCUCUGAAAGCCUGCGGAUGAUGAGUCCCAAGCAAGACACGCAAGAAAUGGAAUGGGAACAGAGAGAUCCGCUCGAGGAAUCAGGUACUCUUGUUGCAACGCCGCCGGGAUCGCAAGACCUAAACGACGCCUCGUCGAUAUACCGAGAGCGUGUCCUCCUCGCUGCUUCAACCAUACAGCGUGCGUGGCGGCACUCACGCAACCCUCCUAGCCAAUGCCUCACCCUGCAAGACUACAAGGACAAAAUCACCACCAUUCAAAAGGCUUGGCGGCAGACCAAGCAAAAGCAGAAGAACAGUACCGUUUCAGCUCUCGUUACCGACGGACUUCGUCACUGGCCGGAAGCUACUCUCGGAUAUCCGACGCCUGAGCCGGAGAUUGAGAGCCGAACAGUUGAUACGAGCAAAGAUCACGUUACGUCAUCAAUUCAGAUCGAGACGGAUGUUGAGCCUGUUGCCCGGCCGAAGCUGCGUUUGUUCCCUGUAAAGUUCACUCCUGAAGUUGUAGACGAAUGGCAUUCUACCAUGCUGCCUCGUCUUGAGCGACUGAUUGAGCGUGUGCUCAAAGACUCGGAGGAAACCGUCAGCAUCGAUCUGGUGGCUGUCGGGGAGGUUUCGGAGAAAGCCAAGCCGACUGUGUUUGUUACGUGCAGUAGUGUAGCAAAGGUCAGGGCUAUUUUGAGUCGUCGCUUCCGCUACGAUGAUACUGUGUAUGAUCUCAAGGUCAGAAGAGGAAAGAUUAGGAGGUCAAAGAUGAGUCGCUCUUCGCGCCGUACUCGGCCUCCACAUCGCUCAAUGAUGAAUACUGACGCUUAUGGCGCUGACAUGGCUGUCAUGAAUCCAUACCACCAACAACGCCCACUCUGUGGAGCAUCGAUUGGCGCCUUCAAUGGUCAGCACCUACCGCCAGUGUCAUAUGGCGGAGUCAUCCUAGUCGACGAUGAGCCGCUGGGUAUGAGUGUCCAUCACCUACUAGAUGCGCCAUCAGAUGACGAGAGUGACGCUGGAGAAGAAUACGACAGGCCAUAUCCAAACGAAACUACGCUGUCUAGUGGAGCAAAUAACCCAUGGCUGAUGGGCAUGGGUGCGCAGCCAGGGCUUCACUUGGACUCGGAAGAGCCUGCUCCAAUGUGGGAUCUUGAAUUGUCUGACGACGAGGAUUUGAGGAGCGAAGAUGACGAUGGCGAUGUCGAUGUCGACUCUUUUGACUUUUCCGACAGCGAAUUCGAUUCGGACAAUGAGUCUGCUCAGGAAAUGGCUGAUUCCAUCAUGUCACGCGCAACCACGGGCGACAUUGACGGUAUCCUUCCUGGCGAGGGCGAGGAGAUCAAAAUCACUCAGCCCGCCCUCGACGACGUAGACGCAGAUUUCUUUCCCAACGAAGAAGAUCGUGAUGACGACCACCUCUCGUCCCACGAGCUAGGUCACGUCCACGCCUCGUCGGGAAUCCGCCGCUGGAAGCGCGACGGCAUUCUUCAUGAGAUUGACUGGGCACUCCUGAAACUCAAGGAAGACCGUCUCCAGCCAUACAACAUCUGCCAGGGCGGCCGCCGCUUCUGCAUGGGUGCCAUGACGCCCGAGCAGCGAGCAAUAGCAUCCAAGCUCAAACCGCCCGUCGACCGGCGACAAUUCACCCCUGAAGAAGACGAAUACCCCAACGGCGUGGCGCCCGCGGCCUCGCUCGGCGGUCUUGCCGUCCACUGUUUCGGCCGCACUACCGGUCUCCAAGGCGGCAUGAUCAGCUCCGUCAUGUCAGCCGUGCGCAUCUAUCACCGCAAGUCCUUCUCUCGCUCCUGGCACGUCGCCGGCGACUUUGGCAUCGGCGGCGACAGCGGCGCGUGGGUGGUGCAAAACGGCAAGCACAAAGUCGUCGGCCACGUCCUCGCCUUUUGCCACAAGAACAAAAUCGCAUACAUCUGCCCCAUGGAGGUCCUCCUCGAAGACAUCAAGCGCACCCUCGGUGCAAAACGCAUAUACCUCCCCGGCUCCGUCGAGCAGACUCUAUAUGCCGCUAAGAAGGCCCGCCAGCACGACGUCAUGGGCGAGCUUGGUGAGCGCGUGCAUGGCCUUGGUAUUGUGGACUCUGCUGUCGAUGUCCGUGAGGCGGCGUUGGGAACCGCGCCUCCGGCUGUUAAUGCAGGCGGGAUUUGGGGUCUGCGUGCUACUAGAGUGCCGGUUGCGAGGAGCUAGGAAUAUCUGUCUGUACGUGUGUGUUUGUAUUCUCUGGGGAAGAGUGGGCGUUUUUAUAUUUUGGGCAUCUGUGGUUUUAAAGGAAAUACCCCCUCUACUUCUCUCUCUCUAUUUCUCUCUACUCCUCUUUCUCUCUAUCUCUCUGGGCUUUUCCAUUCCCCAGCGUCGUUUUCCC